ACCUGUAGAGUCCGAUGAUCAUGUGACAGAAUGGAGGCGUCGCUGUUCAGCCGCUCAGCACAUAAACACACCACCAGGAAACCUAUUUCACAAUAAACGGAUUUAAGGAGACAACCCAUUACGAUCAUCUCAGUGGGAAACCAUUAUUUCCUUACAUCGCAAUGAAAUGAGGGGAGCAUGGGGGCCAAAGAGUCGAGGAUAGGAUUCCUGUCGUAUGACGAGGCCGUCAAGAGAGUCACGGAUGUGGAAUUGAAGCGUCUGAAAGAUGCCUUCAAGAGAACCAGCGGCAUCACCUAUUACAUGACCCAGCAGUGCUUCUACAGGGAAGUGCUGGGAGAUGGAGUUCCCCUUAAAGUUGCAGAGGUGAUCUACAGCUCAUUUGGAGGCUCGUCCAAAGGGCUUCAUUUCAACAAUCUGAUUGUGGGUCUGGUGCUCCUGACUCGAGGACGCGAUGAGGAGAAAGCAAAGUACCUCUUCAGCCUGUUUGCCAGUGAUCUGGGUGGAUAUGCUGCCAGGGAAGACAUUGAAGGCGUUCUGCAGGUUCUGGAUGGAGAAGUCCCAACAUCCCUCAAGAAGUGCUUCAGUGAGGGCGACAAAGUGAACUAUGAGCGCUUCAAGAGCUGGCUCCUACAGAACAAGGAGGCGUUCACUUUGUCCAGAUGGCUUCUGUCUGGAGGAGUGUGUGUCACGCUCACCGACGACAGCGACACACCAACUUUCUACCAGACCCUCGCUGGUGUCACACACUUGGAGGAGUCCGACAUUAUAGACUUGGAGAAGCGCUACUGGCUGCUGAAAGCUCAGUCCAGAACUGGACGCUUUGACUUGGAAACCUUCGUCCCGCUGGUCUCUCCUCCUAUCCACGCCUCCCUGAGUGAAGGCUUGUUUCACGCCUUUGACGAGAACCGGGACAAUCACAUCGACUUUAAAGAGAUCUCUUGUGGACUGUCUGCAUGCUGCAGGGGGCCGGUGGCUGAAAGGCAGAAAUUUUGCUUCAAAGUGUUUGAUGUUGACCGUGACGGGGUUCUGAGUCGAGAUGAGCUGCAUGAAAUGGUCGUGGCCUUGCUGGAGGUGUGGAAGGACAAUCGCACAGACACACUGCCUGAGCUGCACAGUAGUGUGUCCGACAUCGUAGAGGGCAUCCUGAAGAUGCACGACACAACCAAGUUGGGUCAUCUGACCCUGGAGGAUUAUCAGAUCUGGAGUGUGAAGAGCGCUUUGGCCAAUGAGUUCCUAAACCUGCUCUUCCAGGUCUGCCACAUUGUCCUGGGGCUUCGGCCUGGUACUCCUGAGGAGGAGGGACAAAUCAUCAGGGGUUGGCUAGAGAGGGAGAGCAGACAUGGGCUGCAGCAGGGUCAGAACUGGUUCCUCAUCUCCAUGCUGUGGUGGCAGCAGUGGAAGGACUACGUUCAAUAUGGCAGUCCCUGCGUUUCUCUUCCUGUGCAGGAGCAUAAGGGCAUCGUGGUGGAGCAGCCGUCCAUCCUGGGCUCGCUGCGGACCCCCAUGGCCACAGCCACCGUGGAGCCCAGUCCACCAGACAGACUGGGAGGACUGGGAACCUUCAGCCAGGUCAGCCCUUCUGAGGAGAGGUCACCCGAUGCUGUGUCCAGCGCCUCGGAGGCUACAGAGAGCGCAGCCCUGAGCCCGCAGGUAGUUCCCUCUGCCACCGAGAGUUGUUUCGCCCGACAGCACAACGUGUCAGACAACAACAAUCAGUGUUUUUCUGGAGCUAACGGACACCUCCCCUCCCAGCUGGCAGCACAAAGACCUGGCGCCAUCGACAACCAGUCUCUGGUCAAUACUGACCCCAUGAAGGCCCCCACGUUAACCAUGGAGGGCGGCCGGCUGAAGCGCACCCUGCAGCUGCCGCAUGGCAGAGACUUUGAGACGGUGCCAGAGCCGGUGUGGCGGGCACUCUACCACUGGUACGGUGCCAACCUAAGCCUGCCGAGACCGGUGAUCCUGGAGAGCAAGACAGGCCAAGCAGAGCUGGAGCUCUUCCCCCGCUUCCUCCUCUUCCUCCGCCAGCAGCCGGCCACGCGCUCCCCCCAGUCCAACAUCUGGGUCAAUAUGGGUAUGACCAGUCUGCGAAUGUUCCCUCCGUAUUUACCCGCAGCAAGAGCGGGCAGCGUGCCCUCGCCCAACGCUCCUCUGAAGAGGGUGCUGGCCUACACAGGCUGCUUCAGCCGCAUGGGCACCAUCAAAGACAUCCACCUGUACCUGUCCCAGAGACUCCGCAUCAAAGAGGAGGACAUGAGACUCUGGCUCUACAACAGUGAGAACUACCUCACCCUCCUGGACGAUGAAGAUCACACACUGGAGAGCCUGAAGAUCCACGAUGAGCAGCAGCUGGUCAUUGAAGUCAGGAACAAAGACAUGAGCUGGCCUGAAGAAAUGUCCUUCAUUGCAAACAGUAGUAAGAUGGACAGACACAAAGUCCCAACUGAAAAAGGAGCCACUGGCCUCAGUAACCUCGGCAACACGUGCUUCAUGAACUCCAGUAUUCAGUGUGUGAGCAACACCAAGCCCCUCACGGACUACUUCAUCUCUGGGAGACACCUGUACGAGCUCAACAGAACAAACCCCAUUGGGAUGCGGGGUCACAUGGCCAAGUGUUACGGUGACCUGGCGAUGGAGCUGUGGAGCGGGACGCAGAAGAAUGUGGCUCCGCUGAAGCUCAGGUGGACGAUAGCUAAGUACGCCCCGCGCUUUAACGGCUUCCAGCAGCAGGACUCUCAGGAGCUGCUGGCCUUCCUACUGGACGGUCUCCACGAAGACCUGAACCGGGUGCAUGAGAAACCGUACGUGGAGCUGAAGGACAGCGACGGCAGGCCAGACUGGGAGGUCGCCUCUGAGGCGUGGGAGAACCACCUGCGCAGGAACCGCUCCAUCGUGGUGGAUCUGUUCCACGGUCAGCUCAAGUCGCAGGUAAAGUGUAAGACCUGCGGACACAUCAGCGCUCGCUUCGACCCUUUCAACUUCCUGUCCCUGCCGCUGCCCAUGGACAGCUCCAUGCACCUGGAGAUCACAGUGAUUAAACUGGACGGCUCCACACCUGUGCGAUACGGCCUGAGGCUGAACAUGGACGAGAAGUACACGGGGCUGAAGAAACAGCUGAGUGAACUGUGCAGUCUGAAGCCGGAGCAGAUCCUCCUGGCUGAGGUCCACACCUCCAACAUCAAGAACUUCCCUCAGGACAACCAGAAGGUGCGUCUGUCUGUCAACGGCUUCCUGUGUGCAUUUGAGAUCCCCGUGCCGGGUUCGCCGACGUCUCUGAGCUCACCUACCCUGACAGAAAUCACCCCAAUCGCUAACGGUUCAGCUGCUAACGGGAUCCCGGGAAACAAACCUGUCCUCAUCCCCAACGGAGGGCCCAACACGAUGGUCCCCUGCAGCCCGGAGAUGCCGUUUGCCAACGGGAUCGCCAACGGACACAUCACACCGGUGCAGGAGAGCCCCUUCAUUGGAUACAUCAUCGCCAUGCACAGAAGAUGGUGAGAGGGCAAAAGUAUGCGCACGGAGCUCUACUUUUUGUCGUCUCAGAAGAACCGGCCCAGUCUGUUCGGCAUGCCGCUCAUCGUCCCCUGCACGGUCCACACCAAUAAGAAGGAUCUUUACGACGCCGUCUGGAUCCAAGUGUCCCGCCUGGCGAGCCCGCUGCCCCCACAGGAAGCCAGCAACCACGCCCAGGACUGUGAUGACAGUAUGGGCUACCAGUACCCCUUCACCUUGCGGGUCGUUGGUAAAGACGGUAACUCGUGUGCCUGGUGUCCCUGGUACAGGUUCUGUCGGGGUUGCACCAUCGAGUGUUGUGAUGACAGAGCGUCUGUAGGAAACGCUUACAUCGCUGUGGACUGGGACCCCACCGCCCUGCACCUCCGCUACCAGACCUCCCAGGAGAGGAUCGUAGAAGAGCACUGCAGUGUGGAGCAGUCCCGCCGCACCCAGGCCGAGCCCAUCAGCCUGGACAGUUGUCUGAAGGCCUUCACCAGCGAGGAGGAGCUGGGCGAAGACGAGCUCUAUUACUGCUCCAAGUGCAAGACACACCGACUCGCCACCAAGAAGCUGGACCUCUGGAGGCUGCCCCCCAUCCUGAUCGUCCACCUGAAGCGCUUCCAGUUUGUGAACGGCCGCUGGAUCAAGUCCCAGAAGAUCGUAAAGUUCCCGCGGGAGAACUUUGAUCCCAGUGCCUUCCUGGCCCCGAGAGACCUGGAGCAGCGCUGCCUGCACUCUCGCAGCGAGAGCGAGGACCUGCUGAGGGUCGGAGAGGACAACCUGUCCUCCAUCUCUGCCCCUGCUGGCUUCUACAAUCUCAACAAAGCAUCUCCUGCCUCGAGCAGGAAGUCGGCACCUUCUCUCAGCCGGACCAGCAGCCCCUCCUGCAGCCCGAAGACCAGCUCCGGAGGCCGCAGACCAGGCCGGCUACGCCUGCCCCAGCUCGGCAGCCGACACCGCCUCUCCAACAGCAAGGAGAGCCUGGACGGAGCCGCUAACGCCGAGGGGGACACACGAGACAGCGUGUCACAGGCGGACACAGAGGGCAGCGCAGCGGGGACGGCGGCGAUGGGAGACGGCAUCACGUUAGAAUCGCUGAGCAGCACCGAGGCGUCCAGCAGCCACUGUGAUGUGGUUCUGGUGAACGGGGACAGCAACGGGCUGAGCUCGGACUGCAGCACAGAGAGCAGCGUGGACCCUGACAGCUCACUGCUGCAGCACAGAGACAACAUUUGCCUGGACGCCAUCUACAACCUCUAUGCAAUAUCAUGCCAUUCAGGAAUCAUGGGAGGAGGCCACUAUGUGACAUAUGCCAAAAACCCCAACGAGAAAUGGUACUGUUACAACGACAGCAGCUGUAAGGAGGUUCACUCUGAGGAGAUCGACACCGACUCGGCCUACAUCCUCUUCUAUGAGCAGCAGGGCGUCGAGUACUCCCAGUUCCUGCCAAAGAUCGACGGCAAGAAGAUGGCCGACACCAGUAGCAUGGACGAAGACUUUGAGUCGGACUACAAGAAGUACUGCGUCCUCCAGUGAUCGUCUUCCAUCGCGCAGACACACACACACACACACACACACACACACACAGACACACACAGACACACACACACACACACACACCCCGCGCCGCUGUGAGCAGGAACGUUCAGACCAUUCAGAUCACAAACUGCUAACAAGAGUCAGACUGAGCUCUUUGUGUUUAGGACGUGUUGCAGCACUUUCUACACUUGAUCAAAAACAUGGAUUAGUGCAAACAUUUGCCAAGGCCACAAUAAAGCCGUGGUGAAAGCACUCAACUGGUGCACUUUGCUGAGCCCGACAAAACAAACCCCCACCCCUCCCCCCUCCUCCUCGUCCCCCUCCUCCUCCUCGCCAUAACAUUUAUGUAACAUUUAUCCGCUUAUUAACGCAUCUCUGAAUGUAUGCCAGUGUGGCCAAUUCAUUAAGUCUUCUUCUGCAUCAUCACCUGUGAUGUGAGGAUAAAAAGCAACACCUUCACCUGCAGUUAUGGCGUGACCAGUGUCUGGAUAUCUCACCUGAAGAAGAAGAAGAAGAAGAGGAAGGGCACAGAAAGGAUUCCAGGUGUAAAUUUCAGGCCAAUGAUUGGAUACGGUUUUAAACAGUCAAAUUUGAUGCCAUGAUGAUUACAUUUGGUAUCACAUCUUUUGGAUACUUUGUCGACGUUUUAGAGAAUGCUUCUCCAAAGGUUUUUAUUAGGGGGUAGUGUCACAUAAUUCAUACUACCUCAUCGCUUCAUGCAGUGUCGGCCAACUUCUCCCUAAACAUCCGUGACAGUAUUAUCAAUCACUGAAAUGUUUCCUCCUCUGUAGGAGCCAGGAGGCACACGUUUCAUGUCACUUCCCUCUCACAUGCCCUGAUGUGAAAACGAGGAGUGUGUUUGAUCCCACAGCUGCCAAAUAUCAGUGCUACUUAGUGAGAUUUUUUUAGCCUACAUUACCCAUAAUUCCCCUGUAAACUCAGAACACUGUAGUGUCACUCUGGGUUUGUCGAGGACAGUUGCCAUGAUUUUCCAAAGUGAGACGUUAAGAGAACAUUAUACAGUAUAUGUUUUUUGUUUUUGCAUCCUACAUUUUUUUUAUGAAUGAUUAAUUUUAUUGAAUUUCACGUUUCAGUUCUUUUUUAAGACGUUAGCAGCCUCUUCAGGUAGAGGAACAGACAUUUAUCGCAAAGCUACACGGGGGGGGGGGGGUCGAGCUUACUUUCACAGCAUCCAGCUUUCACCUGCUGCAACUCUCAACCGUCAGGCCACACCCACACGAAGAUGUUUUCAUUUUAGAACGCAUAAACUACAAAAGCAAGUAAUUCAACAUCAAUAACUUAUUUUAGACCCUGAUUCCCUUGGUGUCUAACAGCUGCUGUGACGCAGCUAAACGUUUUAUAUUUUCAUGCUCCUCAGGACGCGUGUUAUUACUCCCAUUGAAUCCUGUGUGCAUCACCAGCCCUACUUUCAGCACUUUUGUGUGUGUGUCUAUUUACACCUGCACAUGCACGCCCAGUAUACAUAAUUUUAAGGGUUAUGACAAUACCACAUUUUUAAACCUCAUUAAGACUUCUGUAAAAAUCAAACAUGUCAAUAUGUUUGGAUAUCACUGCAACAAAAAUAGAAGUCCUAUUCACCUCGUAUUGAGUCAUCUCUUAUUUUUAAGAGAUUUUUUUUUUUUUUUUUACCAAAAAAACAUUGCAGGCACACUUCUCCACGCUGUCUUGAUUCAGACGGUUCUCUCUCUUGUUUCUCUCACGGCAGCUUUUGGUUAAAAGUAUGACUGAAGAUCUGUAGUUUACUCAGAACUUUGAUUUUUUACGAUACUAUAAAUCUGCACAAUGACACAAACUGUAUGGUUUUCAAACAUGUGGUAUUGAAAAAUUAUAUGAAUUGUAGGUGAUUUGCGUUUUCAGGGCGUGUUAAUGUAGACAGAGAUUAGUCUUAACACUGUGUUGAGAAAACUUGUGUUGAUAAAGAUUUGUUUCUUUAAAAAAACAUUUUCAAAUGGAAACAUCGUCGUGUGGAUUAAGCCGGAAAGUCAGCUAGAAAACCAGAAUUUUCAGGAGGUUUGAAGUCUGUCUUCAAAGGCUGCUCAUGAAACAUCUUUCUAUAAAUUCUGAGCUCUUAAUGCCACUCUUCUUAAAAACACAUCCCCAGUAACAUUUGAAUUAAACAUAUUAAACUCUUGGUCCUACUCUCCAAUAGUCCCCGAAGCUCAUAGAUAAAUCGUAACUCGUUUAGUCAUGUGCACCAUUAAAGCCUUCAUUUACAACAAACCAUAAAGUCCUGUGCUGUUAGGUGCUCUGUGUCAAAAUCUAGUUUUAGUGUGUAACGUAUCAAACUUGAUAUCACUCUGACUGUAUGUGGUGCAUAUUCCUAAAUAAAUACAUGUUUUAUUCAUUUAUCAUAAAAUGCACUCAUUUUAAAAAAAGACACCCGCUAGGGCAAGGACACUGCAAAAUCUCAACUCUUAGAAAGUGUAUUAGUAUCAUUUCUAUUCAAGAAUAUCUCAUGACAUUUCAUUCAAACAACAUUCAUCUGACAACUCCAGAUAAGCAUCUAAUUUCAAGAUUUAAAAAGCAAAACAUGAGGUCUGAAUUGCUUGUUAUGGGUACAAUUUCCUUCCAAUGCAGUGAUUUAAAAAAAGAGAUGUAACGUAUUAUCUCAAGAGACUUCACAAGCAUUUUUCUUGCUUCACUGUUUUAACUCAUUACAAGAAAUUCAGACCUCAUUUUUUGCUUUUUAUAUCUUGAAAUAAAAAGAUUAUCUGGACCUGUCAGGUGAAUGUGGGUAUUUUUAUCCUCUUGCUAAGAGUGGAGUUUGUGCAGUGAAGGGUUUGUAAAUCUGUUUGUAAAUGGAGAUACUGAAAAACUGUAUCAGCUCCUUCAUGCCUGCUUUAUACAGUGUCUUGUUGAGAGCUGCAGCAGGAUGAGUCUGCUCUGUAAAAGCUUCACUACAUAACUGGACCCCUAACAUUUCAUUUGUUUACCGUUUGCUGCAUCUAAAUAUCAUCGGCCAGAUAUCUUCUAACUCCCGCUCCUCCUUUCAUGGUUUCUUGAUGUGACUUUUCAGAGAUGAACAAACCUGUAUGGUUUUUUUUUUGCUGUGUGGUGUCCGGUCUGGUGUGUAGCAGCAUGCGUAGGGCUCGGUCUAAUCACUGUGAACAGAAAAAGCAGCUCCCCGAAAAUUCCCCCACUUCUCGAUCACAGGAGACGAUUCUGUGUGCUCGCCCCCUUUUUUUCUUUUAGCUGCUGUAUUUAUGACGAGAAGGCGCCAGUGUGGAUGCAUUUGGAGAGAUAUUUGUGAACUGAAUGAAACUUUAUUUUCCUUAGCAUUUGUUGAACAAAUGGAAAUGUACAGAUGAGUGCUAUUUAUGUUUGUUUCGCUCCGCUCUCUUCUUUUUUUCCCCCUCCACCCCUCCUGCCUUUGUCCGUGUUUCAAACGUCAUGAAUUCACUCAAAGGGAAAGUGUGUCUCUUGAGAACCCAGUUUGUAAUGUUUGCUUCAUUUUAAAGGUGCAAUAGCUGUCAAAUUGUCAUGUUUUUGGCUAUGAAUGAUUACUCGAACGGCUAACUGUUUGAUGCUAAGCUAACCACACCUGUAGCUUGGACUGAAUUAGCAAACACACAUUUAUAGUUGGAGUAAAUUUCAGCACAAUUUCAAAAAGACUGAGCUUGGACGCUGAGAUUGGACUGAUUAUAUGAACCACACAGAUGUAUAUUAAGCCCCUCCCCCUCCCCUGAAGCCCCGCCUACUUGUCCCCCACCCUACCAGAAGAGUAGUUCGGCGUGUCGGCAGGCAGUGCAAUCUACUACUGAGCUGUCUGUAAGUGUCUGUAGCCACUUUUUAUUUAAGUUCAUUUCUGUCCGAUCUGAACCAGAGUUGUUAAUUUAAAUAACUUUUUUUGUAACGUGUUUGUUGAAAGAAAGUGACAUCGCACUGACAUGAAAAACAUGUACAUAAAAAAAAAAAGUGUUUUGUAAAUAAUCCGAUGAAAACGAUGUAUUUGAAUAUGAACUGUACAAAAUACUGUACUUGUAGUUGUAUAUGGAGUGAUACCGUUGAUCUGUAACAAAAUAUUCAAGCAACAAAUUAAAUUCUGCAGAGGAAACGACGA